AUAUGGGUGGACGCCUCCACGGAUGUCGGCAUCGGUCUACUCUGGAAUUCCAGAUGGGCCUUCUGGCGCACUAAUCAGACUUGGCGAGGCCCUCAUCGCAACAUUGGCUGGUUGGAGGCUAUAGCAGUCAAGCUCGCCAUCUGUCUCAUCCAUAGCAAAUGCAUCACUGAUGCCGACAUUCUUAUCCGUAGUGAUAAUCAAGGCGUCAUAGCCUCCUUCAAGAAAGGACGUUGCUCCAAUCAUCUCAUCAAUAUGUCCAUCCGACGAUCUGAGCUUCGAACCUCGCAGAUCCUAUAUCAAGAGGAAUCUUACCCUCCGCUCUCUCACACCUCUCUCUCCCUCCGUCACUACCUUCAGAUAUCGUGUCGUUUUUCGACCAUGAAGGAGAGUGAGCUAUAUUGCCAGGUUAUGCAAGGUGUCAAUGUGCACGCUGCCAUGGCCGCCUUCUGGGCCAACAAUCCUUCCUCCUCAGUCUCUUCGUCCGUCUGCCAAUCUGUAGCUCAAUCAUUGCAAGUUUCUCGUACUCGUUUGCCUCGUCCUCCUAGAGCUAGCUCUUCCAUUACUCCAUCUGAACACCGACUGCAUGUCCUCGCUAGUGAUCGUCUCCUUGUUUGGUCCACUCCUGCCGGUCAGGAAUGGCAAGCAGAGUUAGAAAAGAAUUUCCCCAACGCAUCUCUUUUUCAUUUAUUUCAAGUUAUGAUCCGCUCGCUCGAUCAGGACACGCACAGCAAUUACAGUGCUGGUCUUCUUAGAUUCAUGCAAUUCUGCAACUCCAUCAAUGUCCCUG